CUCAAGUGUUCCUCGUUCUUAUUGGACGAAUUUCGACGGAAUUCCAAUUGGCUGAAGCAGAGAUUGCUAUGGCAACGCGUGAUUUCCCCAACCUUCUUCACUCCGACAACCAGAGAUGGGGUUGGAGGGCUUCCAGCAGCCUCAGCCUCAUAAGGCAAAGAUAUGCAUGUGGAAAUAUCUAGAUGUUCACUCCAUGGAUCUCAUCAACAAGGCUGGAACCACUGAUGAACUGAAGAGCCUCCUCUCCAGACUCUUGGAUUUGCAAGAUUUCGAAACAAACCCACGCUCCACUAUCUUAUUGGAUCUGUACUUCUACACCAUCCAGUUCUGCCGGGAGCAGGGCUUCAACCGGGAACAGACCUCAGCCUUCUUCUCAAUUGUGAAGGAUGUACACGAGGCCUGUGUAGAAACACCACUGCCCAAUGUGGAGGAAUGCUACAACUACUUUUCUGAACUUGUUUUUUGCCACUCCAUUCGGAGGCCCCCCUUCAGCAUUGAUCUCUUCAAUCAGAACCAGCUGGUGCGCCUAACAGAUUACAUGAUCAACACCUACUUCCGCCAUUACAAACUUUACAAAUACGCUUUCACUCCACAGGUGCGAUUGGACAUAUCAUUCACUUACAUUGGGAUGCCUGAACCAGAGCCCAAAUAUGAAGAAGCAGCAACUGAGGACUCAGAGGCAGCUUUGUCACCUCUGCAGGAGGAUAUGGACGAGACAACUAUUGCUGAAGAAAGUCCCACUGCUGUGCUGCGAGAGUACAUUGCAAACCAGCUCACCCAGGAGCUGACCAUGCUGCGCCUUUCAGUAGAUCAACGCUUGAAGGCAACGGAGGACCAGUUCAAUGCCAAGCUGCUCCAGCUGGAGAAGGGCCCGGGCAAGGGAGGUUCCAAGGGCAAGAAAAAAUAAGGUUGGGAGGCAAGAGAAUUAACUUUUUAGAUUGGAAUGUUGAGAGGCUAUCAGGGCCCACCCAUACAAGUAUCUCAUGCCUCAGAAAUUGUGGAAAUGAAUAAUAGUUAAAAGGGGGGUGGUAGACAGACCACACUUUUAAAUGCCUUUUAGAAACCUGUUUUCAGAAACUUUCUACAGAGAAACCUGUAUACUGUCUAGGAACUGGAA